UGACGUAAUGCAAACCCAUAUUUGGAAAAGAGUAUCUGAUCAAUUUUUUCUUUCCUUUUUGCUUUGAAGUUUGUUGGGUGAACUAAGGAUUUUUAGGCUCCUAGAACAAAAUAAUGGCUCAACCGGCUCCCCCAAUGAUUCGAGGGAUCGUAAAACAAGUUUUGUCGGGCGACAGUGUAAUUAUAAGAGGGCAACCAAAAGGGGGACCACCGCCAGAGAGGCAACUCUGUCUGUCUAAUAUCACAGCCCCAAAGCUAGCGCGAAGAGCAAAUCCAAACGUGGAAUCGAGCACUGCUACAAAUGAUGAGCCCUUUGCCUGGGAAGCACGUGAAUUCUUACGUACACGCCUUAUUGGCAAAGAAGUUUUGUUCUCUGUUGAGUAUAAAGUUCCUGGAACUGGCAGAGAGUAUGGGUGCAUCUUCUUAAAAAAUGCCACUGGUGAGCUUGAGAAUGUCACAGAAGCAAUUGUUGCUGAGGGAUUAGUUGAAGUGAGACGUGGAGGAAUCAAGCCUUCAGACGAACAGACCAAGCUGAUUGAUCUUGAAGAACAUGCAAAAACUCAGGGCAAAGGCAGAUGGGCCAAUGAUGCCAGUGAGCAUGUUAGGAAAAUUAACUGGUCAGUUGAAAACCCAAGGCACUUUCUUGACACUCAUACUGGUAAAGAAAUACCGGCUAUAGUUGAGCAUGUUCGCGAUGGAUGUACUGUAAGGCUGUUUCUGCUACCAGAGUUUUACCACAUCACAGUCAUGCUCUCUGGAAUAAAGUCACCAAUGUUCAAGCGGGAAGGGGACAAAGAAUUCCCUGAACCAUUUGCAGAUGAAGCUAAAUUCUUUACAGAGAGUAGACUUUUACAAAGAGAAGUGAAAGUUAUCUUGGAAGGUGUAUCAAACACGAAUUUCUUGGGCACAGUUAUACAUCCCGCUGGUAACAUUUCCGAGCUGCUUCUGAGAGAAGGAUUCGCACGAUGUGUAGACUGGAGCAUGGCUGUGCUUUCCAAGGGACACGACAUACUCAGGGCUGCUGAAAAGCUUGCCAAAGAGAAGAGAAUACGAAUUUGGAAAGAGUACGUCCCAAGUACCCCAGCCAUUGAGAUCAAGGACCAGGAAUUCUCUGGAAAGGUGCUUGAAAUAGUCAACGCAGAUGCUGUUGUUGUCAGACAUCCAAGUGGAAAAGAUAUGAAAAUACAUUUGUCAAGUGUUAGACCCCCGAGAGUGCAGCCCAAGGAAGAUGCUGAGCUAGCCCCUGUAGCUAAAGAAAGCAAGCGCUCCAGACCUCUUUAUGACAUCCCUUACAUGUUUGAAGCUAGAGAAUUCAUGAGGAAAAAGCUGGUUGGUAAAAAGGUUAAUGUCAAGAUUGACUAUAUCAAACUACCAAACGACGGCUUUCCUGAGCGAACAUGUGCGACUAUUACUAUCGGAGGCGUCAAUGUUGCCGAGGCCCUUGUCUCCAAGGGUUUCGUCACAGUUCUGCGCCACAGGCAAGAUGAUGACCAGCGGUCUUCUCACUAUGACGAGCUCUUGGCCGCUGAGACAAGAGCGGUCAAAAAUGGCAAAGGACUCCAUAGCAAAAAGGAGCCACCAAUUCACAGAGUUGCUGACCUUUCAGGAGAAGCAGCAAAAGCCAAACAGUUCUUACCUUUUUUGCAAAGAGCGGGACGAUCCUCAGCUAUUGUCGAGUUUGUCGCGAGUGGUUCGCGCAUGAGGCUGUACCUACCAAAGGAGACUUGCUUAGUUACAUUCCUCCUCGCUGGUAUCAGCUGUCCCCGUGCAGGCAGGAUUGCAACGAGCCAAGGAGUCAUCACUAAUAUGGAUGGCGACGCCUUCGGCGACGAGGCACAGAGGUUCACCAAGGACAUGGUUAUGCAAAGAGAAGUGGAGGUCGAGGUCGAGGGGAUCGACAAGGCUGGCAACUUUAUUGGAUGGAUGUUUGUGGAUGAUAAGAAUCUGUCUGUGGCGCUUGUCGAGUCCGGGCUUUCGUCAGUACAUUUCUCGGCAGAAAGAACCUCGUUCUACCAUCAGCUGUCUCGGGCAGAGGAACUCGCCAAACAGCAGAAGUUAAAGAUGUGGGCCAAAUAUGAGGAGCCCAAAGAUGUUGUCGUCGUCGAAGAAACAGAGCGAAAAUGCAAUUACAAAAAGAUUAUUGUCACUGAAUUCAAGAACGAACUCACGUUUUACGCGCAACUCGUAGAAACAGGUCCCCAGCUUGAACAACUCAUGACAGACCUAAACACAGAGCUUGGAUCCAGCCCCCCACUGCCGGGCUCUUUCACAGCCAGGAAAGGAGAGAUGUGCGCUGCCCGAUUUGUGGACAAUAGCUGGUACCGGGCGAAAAUCGAAAGUGUGAAAUCUCCAAGUGAAGUUUCUGUUUUCUAUGUUGAUUAUGGAAAUAGGGAAGUUCUACCAGUCACACGAUUGUGCCCACUUCCUUCUGCUUUCAUUGCAUUCCCAAACCAGGCUAAAGAGUUCACCUUGGCGUUUGUUGAGCUACCUAAGGACCCCGACCAGGCCGAAGACGCAAUGGAAGAGCUCCAGAAACGUGUCCUAAAUCGUCAGUUCCUUCUCAACGUCGAGUACAAGAAUGGUGGACAAGAGUUUGUAUCUGUCAUGACGGAGGGGGGAGAUGACGUCGGGAAAAGCCUAGUCGCCGACGGCUUUGUCUUGGUGGAGAAGCGCAAGGAGAAGAGGCUGCAGAAGAUGAUGGAGGAGUACCGCAAGGCUCAAGACACAGCUAGGACCACCAGACUGAACCUCUGGCGUUAUGGAGACUUCACCGAGGACGACGCGCGUGAGUUUGGUUACCCCAACUAAACUGGACCGCCCUGACCCGCGCAACCGUGAACUCUCUAAGAAAAUACAAAGAUGGAGCUAGACCAGAGCGUGACUAGUCUACUAUAUUGCCACAAUGAGUCUGUGUUUGUCACCUGUAUGUCUGUUGUGCUGUAAUGUGUUGUUUGAUAGUUAUCACAAUAAACAUGAAUGACCAAAAUGUAUGGCCAAGCUGAAAUUGAAAUAAUCCGGCAUUGAACCCUGUUAUAUGUGGGUCUUGCUUAUGCGAAAAUUCAAUCUUUAAAAAGGCCUAUUGUGGAGGAAUUGCCUUUGUUCUUUGAAAAAUUAUAUCACUAGUAGAUUGAUAGUAGCUAUGAAAUAAUCAAUAUUUGUGAGAUGAGAAAUAAGCAUGUGUCUAGUGGUGAGUCCACGAAUGCAUCAAGCAUCUAUAUUUUACUACAUGAAAUUUUAAUUAAAAGAUAUUCAUUGCAGGCAAUAGCUAGGUGGAGUCACGUGAAUAAUAAAUUACAAACAACUA